AUGAUAUUCUUCCAUUCAUAUAAGAAGCCUGGAUUUAUCGUCGAUCUCGUGUCGGACAUUCGGCGGAUGAACCAGCAUGCGAUAAGAGCACCGUGCACUGGCAUGAUCAUCUUGGGUGGCGGGGUUAUCAAACACCAUAUUGCUAACGCCAACCUGAUGCGAAACGGAGCAGACUAUGCAGUUUACAUGAAUACAGGUCAGGAAUAUGACGGGUCUGACUCUGGAGCUUCGCCGGAUGAGGCUGUGUCGUGGGGCAAAAUAAGAAUUAAUGGGGAAAAGACAAAGGUGAUGGCAGAAGCAACUCUUCUGUUCCCGAUACUGGUCGCACAGACGUUUGCAAAACACCUCAAGCAAGGGGAGAAGUGA